AAAUACUGUGAUGGCAAACCUCUCCGUGACCACAAAAUCGCACCUAUCAUGAUUGCCUUUCUCAUGGCGGGACAGCACACCAUCCCCACCUCCGUUUCAUGGACGCUUCUUCACCUUGCUCAGAACAUCGAAGUCCAGGAAACACUUCACCAGGAGAAAGUCGACCAUUUCAACAAUUCACAUGGAUUUUUCCGUUCGACGGACCAUGAGGUCUUCUGCAAGCUUCCAGUCCCCGAUUCCGUCAUUCAUAAGACGCCCCGCAUGCACCCGCCUAUUCACAGCAUCAUGCGCUACGUUCGUUCUGAUUUCCUGAUCUGCGGUUCUCGCUGCUCCCUCCAAAGAUGA